AUGCUAUAUUAUUUAUCUAACUUAUCAUUCGGAGACGAAAAAAUAUUAUACUAUUGUUCACUCUAUUUUAUGUAAUUUAUGCACAUUUAAUUUUAGUCAUAGUUUUCAAUGGAUAUUAGGUAGCUUUUUUGCAGAAAUUUUUAGUAGAGCAACAAUCGAGGCAAUUGGCAGACUAUUUUAUAUUUCUAUUGUAUAAUUAGUUCUGAGUCUUCUUUUUUUAACUACUUUUGAACCCAAUCAUCCAAGGUUAAGAAGAACUAAAGAACAAAUUCUUAGUUUGAUUGAAAUUAAAACAAGUUAACAACUUGAUAAAGUAAAUACUUUAAGAUAAUUAAUAAUCAGUGGAUUAUAAGUUGAUAAUUUGAAUUAAUAAUAAAAAGCUAAAUCAGAAGAGGAACUCAAAUAAAUUAUGAAUAAUAUGACAAUUCAAUGUUUUUCUUUAGAUUCAAGCAAUUUAAGUAUGAUAAUUGAAAAAGAAGAAUUUAAUGUUUAUUAAAAUAAAUCAUAUUUAGAAUGUAUAAAAUAUACUUCAUAUGAAUUAUGGAGAAAAAGUGCUUUAUAUUUAUUACCUUUAGUAUUAACUGUAGCUCUACUUGAAGGUUUUAUUUAUAUUUAAAUGCUCAAUUAUAUAAUGUUUUUGGCUUAGAAGGUUGAUGGUGCUAGUAGCUCCUUUGAAAUCGAAUUUAUUUUUUUUUAUGUAGGUUUAGGUUAUGUUCUUGGAUGUUUUGCUAUUGGAAUUUUUGGAGAUUUUAAAGAUAAAAUAGUUUGGAUGAUUUUCACUUUGACUAUCUUACAAUUUAGUUUUAUUUUUAGUUGGGUUGUAAUAAGUUAUAGGACAAAUAUCUACUUUUUCUUUUAGUUGUUUGCUGCGAUGUUAGGAUUUUGUGCUUCUGGCUUAACUUCUUCAAUUGUAUCCUUUUUAUGCUUUGAAUUUUCAUCCUUAAUUUAUAUGGUAGAUACAAUUUAUAUUAUUUAUUCAAUUUGUUUUGCAAUAUCAUCGCUACUUUUUAUAUUUGGAAGUAAAGAUGUAUUUGAACAUUUGAUUGUCAAUUUAUCAAUAAUUUAAAUUGUUGCUAUGAGUAAUUACUACUUUAUCUAUAAAUAUUAUAGAAUAAAAAAAUUAAGUAAAUAAUGA